GUACUACUCGGCCAACCAAAUGACGCUCGCCGUUCUCGGGAAGGAGUCCCUGUCGCAGCUGCAAAGCACCGUGGACGGCAUGUUUGGCCCGGUGCCCAACCGCGGCAGCGGACGAAGGCCGUCCGAGAAGUGGAUCGGGAAAGUGAAACCGUUCUUGGGCAACCAGCCGUUGCAGGCCUACAACAUCGUCCCCGUGCAGGUGCGGAAGGACCGGGGGGACGUGGACCGGGGGUCGAUGGAGUUGCGGUCGGUGGCCAUCGCGUGGCCCCUGUCCUUCGAGACGCCGGAGGAGAGGCAAGCUGUCCUUGUCGCCAAGCCCUUCACCUACAUCGGCUAUCUCCUGGGCCACGAGGGUCCAGGGUCACUCCUGUCCUACCUCAAGGCGAAGAACUGGGCGAACGCUCUCGGGGCGGCCGCGUCUACCUCCACGGACGACUUCGCCAUAUAUGAGGGCCUGUCGGACCGUUUCAAGGUUCUGACGGCGCUGUUCAGCUACGUGGACCUCAUCCGCAAGAAGGGGCUGCCGUCGUACUUAGCCUCAGAGCUGAAGGAUCUGUCCGACCUUGGAUGGCGUUUUCAGGACAAGCGGGAGCCCGGGAGCCUGGUCCCGUCGCUGGCGGCGAAUCUGCAGGAGUAUCCCCCGGAGGCUGCCAUCAGCGGCCCGUCCCGGCUAACCUCGUACAAUGAGAGCCUGGUGUACCGUCUCCUGGAUGUGCUGCGGCCCGACCCCGUGGAUUACUCCGCUGCGACGCCGCUGGUGUUCUCGACGGCGAAGGAGUUCGAGGGCAAGGCCGACAAGAACGAGGAGUGGUACGGCAGAAAUGGUCCAACGACGCGCCCUACCAAGCACGAUUACCGUGCCUUCGGGUCUGCUUUGAAGCGAACGAGUCACGCAAACUUUGAAGCGCUGGUGGAAAGCCUAGCGUCGCACGAGAGAGAGUGGUGCUCCCCGCCGGAGAUUCCGGCGCUGAAGCUCCCGGGGCCCAACCCCUUCAUACCGCGGGACCUGGGCGUCAUCAACCCCAAGGGGAGAGUCGUUAAGCCCGGGGAAAAAAUCGCGGCCCCGGCGGUGGUUUUGGUGUUUCCGACGACGGCGGGGUGGAAGGUGAGGCACAAGCUCGACGACAUCUUCGCACAGCCGAAGGUGGUGUGCUACCUGGAGGUCGUGAGCCCGGUGGCCUAUGAGAGUCCCCGGGCCGUAGCCGCCCUGAAGCUCUUCGAGUUAUCCCUCGAAGAAAGGCUCAACGAGUACGCCUACGACGCCCAGAUGGCGGGUCUAGGGUACAGCCUAGACUUCACAACCAGGGGACUUCGAAUGUCGUUCUCGGGGUUUUCGGACAAGAUGCCCGACUUCAUCGAAAAGGUAGCCCAGGCGGUUGCGACCUACACCCCCAGCGACCCCGUGGAGUUCGAGCGUCUGCGAGACGUGGUUCGCAGGGAUUUAACGAGCUACGACACGCAGCAACCCUACCAGCACGCCAUGUCCAACGCGGCGGUUGCUUCGGAGGACCCCCGGUACACGGUGCAGGAAAUCCGAGACACCCUGGACUCGGUGAAGAUGUCGGAAAUCAAGCCGCUCGUGUCGAGAAUGUUCGGGCAGGCGGAAGGGCUGGGCCUCCUGCAGGGAAAUCUUGAGUUCAGAGGCGUCGACCAGUACAUGAAGGGGGUUGUUCGCUGGUUCAACCUGUCCCCUCUCCCCGAGAACAUGCGGCCGGAGAAGAAGCUCGUCAGGUUCCCGCUCACUCCCGCUGGCAGCGGCAGCCUGAUAAGGAGGCGAGAGCAGAACAACGAGAACGACAACUCCGCAUCGCAGCUGCUGUUCCAGGUGUCGGAUCGGUCCAUCGAGAACCGCGUGCUGGCGCAGCUGCUCAUGUCCAUCAUAGAGGACCCCUACUACGACUCCCUCAGGACGAAGCAGCAGCUGGGUUACCUUGUCUUCUCAGGCGUCAAGAUCGUGGAGGGGGUCAGCCUCAUGUAUCUGCUGGUGCAGUCGGCCGAGCGGGGGCCCGCAUAUCUGACGGACCGGUCCCUCGAGUUCUUGGACCAGUGGAGGCAGGAGCUCGUCGACCUUCCCGCCAGCAAGCUCAAGGACUACGUGGGGGGCCUGGUAGACAGGAAGCUAGAGCCCGACCGACGCCUGUCCUCCGAAGUGGAGCGGAACUGGGCCGAGAUAUCGACCGGUCAGCUCAGGUUCGACCGAAGGCGAGAGGAAGCCAGGGCACUGGAGCAGAUCCGUGCGGGAGACUUGUUGCGCUUCUUUGACCGGCAUCUCCGUGAGGGGGGGCAGGAGCGGCGCUUGCUGACGUCAGAAGUGUUCGCGAAAAGCCGGGCCAGGGAGAUGGAAGCCCCGGCGAGAGGGACGACGCUGGUGACCGACGAGAAGAAGUGGAGGGGACAGCAGGAAACGUUCCCGGUCCGGAGACGCCUCACCCGUGUGGAGUGACUGACUUGCAACCUCUAGUUCGUUUGUUUGUCGCCGCCGUCGUUCGUUUCCUUUGGUUCAACUGUGCCGUUUCGUCCUGAGUAGAGUUGAUUGAGGAACUCCAAAGAGGAAAGAGCCAACAAGAAAGUCUUUAGUCUCUCCGUUGCCAACCUGGGGGGGGGGGGGGGG